AUGCGUGGUUAUUCGUUCAGCUUUCCCAAGAUAGAAAAAAACAUUUUAAAAGGUGUAAAGGAUUUCACAACCAUUGACUCCUUCCCCAUCCUGUCAAUCAAUGUAACACCUAAAAAAGUUGUUUCAAAGUUCGUACAGAAUUCCCCAUCGUUAGCAGAAAAUGAAAACAAGUUUCGGUCAAGGAAUAGUUUCAUCAUUGCAAGAAGCACACUUUCGAGUUUGCUCAAAGAAAAUACAUACGAACUUAAGAUUGUAUCGAAAGGUGUCUCCAACCUCUGGAGUCACGUCGACACGUCAUUUAAAACAUAUUUUAAAUAUUUGUCUUUGAUUGAGUCAAUGUGGCACGACAAGAAAAGAUCGUCCUACAACCUGAUAUUACGAGUGAACAAAGUGCACACACUUACAAAUAGUGAACACUCCUCAAGUCCACUAAGUCGCGACAACAAUGCGCAUGAUAGCAUGCCACAACGGCACAGAUUCAGGGUAAAGAAACUUAGUGGUCGAACGAAGAGACCCAAAAUUCGAAAUUAUGAAAGUGGGUUCAAAAUUAGUAGUACAUCCUUGAGUUGCAAUUAUGGUAUAGUCACUGAGGACAUAUUUAAAUAA